AUGGAGCUCCACAACAGAGUCCCUGGAGAAAUUGUGCCUGUGGUGAUCAUAGGAAACGGCCCGUCAGGAAUCUGCCUGUCCUACCUGUUGUCGGGCUACACCCCCUACCUGUCGCCCGAGGCAUCGCACCCGAACCCGCUACUGCACAGCAAGCUCGCAGAGGAACCUGACGUUUCCCUGCUGGAUCGCGACCUGGAGUACCUGUGCGAGGGUCUCCAGGGACGCUCGUCCAACCCUGUGGCCGUGCUGUUCGACUCGUUGCUGCUUCCCGACAGCGACUUCGGACUGGACUAUACGUCCCCGCUGGAGUGGCGUCGCCGGCCGGACAGAGCCGUGCCGCAUCUGGUCCUGGGAAAGGGGCCCCCCGGUGGAGCCUGGCAUGCAAUGGAGGGAUCCAUGUUAACGCUCAGCCUCGCUAACUGGAUGGAACUGCCAGGACUCAAACUUAAGGACUGGAUGAAAGACAAGAGAAGAAACGUGCGCAACGACCGCGCCACGCCGGCCGAGAUCGCUUCCUACUACCAGCACUAUGUGACUCAAAUGUCACUGGAGCGCAACUUCGCCCACGGGACCACCGUCACCUCGGUCACAUGGCGGGCCGCCGACAGCCGGGGGUCCCGCGGGUGCUGGCGUAUCGAGGGGCAUCAGCGUCGAGAUGGCGAGGAUCUAGCAGAUGAUUCUCUCGCCGAGCGGCUGCCGUUCACUCUGCUGGCCCGCAACGUGGUGCUGGCCACGGGCACCCACGACAUCCCGGCACGUCUGGGAGUGGAAGGCGAGUCGCUGCCUUACGUGUGCCACUCCUUCUGGGAGCUGGAGGCCGCCAUCUCCCGCGGCGAGCUGGACCAGUCCUCCGACCCGGUGCUAGUAGUGGGCGCCGGGCUGACGGCCGCCGACGCCGUGCUGGCGGCACACCACCUCAACACGCCCGUCUACCACGCAUUCCGCCGCGACGUGGCCGAUCCGGGGCUCAUUUUUAAUCAGCUGCCCAAGAUGCUCUACCCUGAGUACCACAAGGUUCACCAGAUGAUGACACAACAGCAGCACCAACCGGCGUCCCCUCUGGACUCGUCUUCCUCGCCCCCCGCCUUCUCGUUGUCUUCGUCAUCCUACACCGGCUACCUCAGCUUCCCUCGCCACCGCGUGGCGUCCUUCCGACCGGACCGCAAAUGCGUGCUAGAGUCGGACACGGGUCGGCGGACCGUGGUCCAAGUGUCCAAAGCGUUGGUGUUGAUCGGCGCCCACCCAAAUUUGUCCUUCUUACCCGAACGGGGUCGGCCUCUCGGGGUCCGGCCGGAGGAGGCCAUCACCUGCCGGAGGAACCCCAUCGACGUGGACCCCUUUACUCACCAGGUGUUGUCAGCCGAGGGGCCCGGCAUGUACGCGAUGGGCCCGCUGGUCGGGGAGAACUUUGUGCGCUUCCUCAAGGGCGGUGCGCUAGCUAUUGCUAGCGAUAUCGCUAAAGGACAAAGGGAGGACGCUAAUGGUGUGCACCAGGAUGGACUCGCUGACAAAUGGGUGGACAGAUGGGUCGCCAUUCAGAAUCUAGCGGUGUCGCGGUCGUAG